ACAACACACACAUAGCUGGCUUUUGAUUGAGAGAAAAGAAAGAAAACCCAAACCCGUGAAAAGAAAUCCAAAUACAAAAACAAAAACAAAAACAAAAACAAAUUUUCCUCACCGAUAUAUACACACACACACACACAAGAUUACCACAAAGAAACGAAAGGAAAACCGUAAAAGGGUUAAAAUUUUGAUUUUCCUCCUCCGCAGUCUCUUUCCCUUCAUCUUCACGCCUUAUCAUCAGUUCGUAAACAAACAUCACACUCUCCCUUUUACACUCAAAAUUCCUCACCUCACGGAUUUCGUUUUCUUUCUUAACUCCAUUUUCUCUCAUUUUAAAAUCCCCCCAAAUUCCAAAUUCCCUUCAUUUCCAAGAAUCCAUUUUACCUCGAAUUCUAAACACUUCCGAUCCACUGCUUUGCCUCAGUUCGCUUCUCUUCUACGCUGCCUACGUGGCUAGAUCCAUUUCCGUUCCCAUCAAUCUAGGCCCCCUCCGCUUUUCUCUCCGCCCGAGAAGUUUAGAUCUACAUCUACUUCUCAGUGCUACAUUUUGCUUCAAAGUUUGAAACCGUUUUGUUUAUAUUUUGCUGAACUACACUGUUAUACUCAAUACAACUUUCUCAGAUCCACGAAGUUAUCAGUUCUUAUAUCUCGCUAAUGGCGAAACUCGCACAAUUCUACGUCGUUUUACUCUUGGCGGUUUCCUUGGUUGGAUUCUCCGUUUCUCAAUCUUCGCCGCCGGCGACAUCUCCGUCCCCGGUUCCUGAACCGGGAUCCGACUCGCCGUCGUCUCCGCCGGCUCCUGUUCCGGCUUCGGGUCCGGCACCGGCGCAUUCUCCAACGAAUCAGUCUCCGAGUCCAUCUCCUCCGUCGCCUCCUGUGGCACCAGGAUCGUCUCCGACUCCGACUCCGAUAUCGGCACCGGCCGAUGAUACGGUGGCGAGCGACGUCAACAGCAAGGCGAGUUCCGAUUCGAACCACUCGUCCGGCAGCGGAAUGAGCGCUGGGAAGAAGGUCGGGAUCGCGAUCGGAGUGUUAUUCGCGUUCGUUUUGGUGGCGGUGGGAGGCAUGGUGUACAAGAAGCGCAAGGACAACAUUGAGCGAGCUCAGUACGGGUACGGAGCCAGGAGAGAGAUUCUCUGAAACUCUUUAACUCUUCAUUCUCUCAACAAUGGAAUUCCACUUCAUACACUACAAAAAUUUCUUCUUGAUGAUUUAGAGGGUUUAUUAUUACUGCUAUAAUUUUCUUUUAUAGUAAUUAAUUGCUUUAUAGUUUAUAUCAGAUCAUUGUGAUAGCUUUUUUUUUUUAAAUGAUUGGUACAUUAUUUUGAGAUGGUGAAUUGGUGUUUAGGAGUUAAUUGAAUUUUCAUGCUUCAUUCUUUUGGAUUUGA